GUUUCUUACCUCUUCUCAUGUUAGACACGAAAACGAAUAAAUGAUGUGUCCGUCGUCGUGUCUCAGAUUUAGAAACGCUGAUGAAUUACAGUUAUUUUUAGUUUUACAACAAAUGAAGCAAGUGUAUCGUAUAAUGUGUCCGUUGCGGAACUAAUGUUCAGCGUUACUGUGUUUCCGGGGAGAAGCUAAGGAGGCGGCACACUGAUGUCUGUCAAAGGCGAUCACAUGCAAUAAUUCAUCGUGUAAAACACAAAUCUGUCACCAGAAGAGAACCUCUGCUUUAGGUCACUUCAAAUAAAAGCAUCUGUGAAAUAGUGCUCUUUUCUUUUAAGGUUCCAGGGUAAACGGUGACGAUCAUGGACACUCUGGAGGACACCUUUAGGACUCUCUCCAUCGCCAGGAGGCUGCAGCCCAGUGAGGCCACGUACAUUCUGGAGCUCUCCUGUGCCAGCGGCGGGUCAGAUGUGCUGGCUGUGUGCUGCUCCGAUCACUCUGUGCACCUGCACAGCAGAGAGACGCUCCGCCUGGUGGGUGACUUCCAGGGUCACACGGCUUCUGUGUGUGGAGUGCGUUUCUCUCAUCUCUGCCCUCACCUGCUGUUCACCGGCUCUGCCGAUGGGACACUGCGGUGCUGGGACGUCCGGCGGCCCGGUUCAGAUGCCACCCAGGUGUUCCGCAGCGAUUCGACGCAUUCAUACUGCUCGUUUGAUGUGAGCUGUAGUGAUCGUGUGCUGUGUGCAGGCACGGAGCAGGUGGGGGAGGACAGUUUUUUGGUAUUCUGGGAUGCCCGUAUGGUUCAGGAUGGAGGUGAGAUGGGCGGUCUGCUGGGCGUUUACUCAGAGUCACACAGUGACGACAUCACUACGGUGCAGUUCCACCCAUGGCAGGCGGACCGGUUGGCUUCUGGAGCCACAGAUGGGCUUGUGAAUGUGUUUGAUCUGAGUCUGGGUGGAGAGGAUGAUGCUCUUGUCACUACCUGUAACUGUAAUUCCUCUGCAAGCUCCCUCUGCUGGACAGGCAAAGAUCUUGACCAGCUGCUUUGUCUGACCCAUGAUGAAGGGCUCCACCUGUGGGACGUGGCUCACCCAGACAGCGAUGACACUCUGACCCUUCUGAGUUCAGCUGAUGCUCGAACACUUGUCCAGCUCCCUGAUGGAGCCUCGCUUGAGUACUUUGUGGGCGGUACAUGGCUGUCAGAUGAGAAGCGUAUUCUUUUAGUGGGAGGGAGUAAUCAUGGAGAACUCCACCUCCUGGACUGCAGUGGGCGUGGUCUGAGGUUCAUCAAAUCCCUCAAAGGGGGUCAUUCAGCUACAGUGAGGUGUUUCCAGUGGGAUGCGAUUAGUCAAUCUCUGUUGACGGGCGGGGAGGAUGGCCAGUUGUUGCAGUGGAAAGCGGGAGCAGAGGAAAUCAGUGUGGGAAAGAAAGAUUCUCUGAAAAGCAUCUCCUCCAUGCAUCUCAAAACUAAAGCUCACAGAAAACAAGCUAUACAGAAAGACCGCUCAAAACUAGCAUGAUCACAUGCACAGGACAAUCUCAGAUUUCGCUAAGAGACCGUUGACACUGAAACAAAUUGGUUAUUUGACAGAAAUCUCAGAGAAGUUGCAAAUUGCACUAAGCAACUUUUGCUCUGAUGUCUUUGUUUUCACAAAUGUAAGGAUAAUAGAUAAAGAUACGCUUUAUGGAGUCUAAAUUUGAAUCUUCUGCCCUAUAACACGUAUAACUUAUUAUAGACAUUGGCAGAAAUUAAACAGUUUUGUGCUUUUAAAAUUUAAGUUGUGAACAAAUUGCUAUAUAAGAAUUACAACUGUUGUUUGAUUUGUCCAGCAGAUAAACUCUCAUCUAUGUGGUAGUUGUUGUCCUUAUGUAAACAUUACAUUUCUUUUGUUUUGUUAGCAACAUGUGUUUUAAAAGUGUUUCAUAAGUUCACUUUUUAGGUUAAACACAUGACUUGAAAAUGAUCAAAUUGUCUUCUGGGUUUCAGGACUACAAACUGAAGCUGUAUUGUAUUAAAAGAAUAGUUCACCCAAAAAUGAAAAUUAGCUUAAAAUGUACUCACCCUCAGGCCGUCCAAGAGGUACAGUGGAUGAGUUUGUUUCUUAAUCAGAACAGAUUUGGAGAAAUUUUGGGUUGAACUCUCAUUCUGACGGCACCCAUUCACUGCAGAGGAUCCAUUGGUGAGCAAGUGAUGUAAUGCUAAAUUUCUCCAAAUCUGUUCCAACGAAGAAACAAACUCAUCUACAUCCUGGCAUGAGGGUGAGUACAUUAUUAGUAAUUCUUAUUUAUUUUAUAUUUUUUAACUAUUCCUUUAAUGCAUGGGGAUUUUCUUGAAUACCUUGAAGGGCUGCAUCAGCACCACUGGGAUACAAUGCCAGAAUCACUUUCUAAUCAAUUAUGCAAAGUGCAAGCAUAAUCACACCAUGUCAGCAUUCUUCCUAUGCCAAGGGUUUACAUUCAUGGUCAUAAAGUGUGGUUAUGUUCUUAGCAAAUGCUUUUUAUAAAAUCAUCUGUCAAGAAAUGUAUGUUUUGUGUUGUUGUUACUUUUUAGCAUGUAGCUACUAACCUAUAAGAACUUCUAAAAUUGUAAAUAGGAAAAGUUUUUGAUAUCAAGAGCUGCAGAAUUAAUUCUACAACUUCAUAAUCUAACAUUUUUUCCUGACUGAGUUUUUUAUUUUUUAUUGUUGAAUCUCAUUAGUGUUCUUGAAUAACUACUGAGUGUGCUUUGAAAUGCAAAUGUGACUUUUAAACAGGCGAGGUUGUCAGAUUUAUGAGCUCCCCGGUGCCGUGCACUUUUCAGGGUAGAUUCUACAGUUUUCAGUGUUUGAUUCUCUCAGUGUAAACACUGAGGAUGAGAGUCCAGAUAAUAAUUCUGAUGUAAUGUUAGCCUGGUGAGGUUUACGAUGCUGAACUCAAAACAAGCCACAACAGGACAGCCCUGUUCAUUUGUUCUUAUUCCAUCGAUCGGAAACUGCCCCACCCUCAGUAAAAUUUAACAAUGUUGCAGAAAGUCAUGUGAAUUCAGAAUUUGGCAUCUCAGGAAAUGACAGCUGAGAGAGAAACAGAAACUGUCAAUUGCGUGGUGUUUGUGGAUGCUAUGUGUGUUGUAAACGCCCUUAAAUAUACAGUAAAGAAUUAUGGUUUCAAAUGCAUACAAUUAUCUGAAUUGGAAGCCAGCAAGCAACUGUCAUUUAUUGAUUUAAUUUCUAAAACACAUCAAUAUCUACAUUAUUUUUACAGUUUGGUGCCUUUCAAUCCCCAAUACAAGUUAUGGCAUUGCAGAUUUAUAUAAAAAUGUAGUAAGCUUCUAAUAGGCUGGUUAAAAACAAUAAAUGUAUAUGUAUUUUAUUACACGCUGAUUUAGGUCUAAACCUAUGGAGGCCCAUUUCCGCCACUGAAUAAAAAAAAUAAUAAAAAAUGUAAUUGCGACUUUUUAUCUCACAAUUCUGACUUUUUUUCUCAGAAUU